CAGGGCACUAACUAAACGUGCAGCCCUGUGGUCAAACCUGCUGCCGUUACAUGAGAGAUGUUCUGACCCACAGACAGCUUUACACUCAUCCACAAAGUCAACAGAAAACUCUCUCUUGCGAUUGAAGGUACUUUGGACGAGUUUGGACAAAGACGAGUAGCGGAGAGGAAAGUUGAACUGGCCUUUAAACGGUGAAGGUGUCCCGGCUUCAUGGAUUCUACUGAAGUCUCUUCCAGGACGUCGUUUAACCCGUGGACGCUGGGGACUCACUUUUGAUUCUCCUCUUUUCCUCCACGCACGGACUGAGAACGAAGAUGUGACCAACCUGCUCCUCACUCUCCAGAACCGUCUCCUUCAUUUAUACAUUUAUUUAAAAAGUCGUCUGCUUGGGAGCGAACUAGAUGUGGUCUGGAGGACGAGGGUAAACGAGGAGCACCAAUGGAUUGAGAGGUUGUACUUUCAGCUGCGAGUGAAAAGUGCCUCAAGUAAGGUCGGGAGAUGUGUGAAGAAGUGUGACGGACGGCCAUGGGACUGGAGAGACGGUGGCUUGUCACCACUGCAGUAGCCAUCUGUCUGCUAAGUGUGUCUCAAGGUGUGUCGUCGUUGGUUCGUGCCAGGGUGGGGGGCUCUGCAGAGCUGGCCUGCAAUCUCACUCCAACAUCCAAAGAAGACACCAGCCCAAACCUCUUCCCUCUACAUGUGGUGGAGUGGGUGCGCCUUGGUUACAGCGUUCCCAUCCUCAUCAAAUUUGGAGUGUAUGCGCCUCGUGUUCAUCCAAACUAUAAGGGUCGCGUGUCUCUGACCCGGGGUGCCUCUCUGCUGGUGGAACGGCUGACCCUUGAGGACGAGGGCUGGUUCGAAUGCCGCAUCCUACUCCUGGACAGCAAGACAGACGACUUUCGAAAUGGCACAUGGACCUUCCUCUCCAUCACAGCUCCACCUGUGUUUAUCAAGAAACCGCCAACUUUUGUUGAGGUUCUGCUCGGAGAUUCGCUGACUCUCAGCUGUGGAGCCCAUGGCAACCCUCGGCCAACUGUUGUCUGGCACAAAGACGAGAGCCCAAUUGAGAAACAUGAAAAAAUAAAAGUGCUCAAUGGUACCUUGUCUUUGGCCUCUGUCACAAGAAAUAUCUCAGGAGUGUACAAGUGUCACGUGUCCAACUCAGAGGGGAACCUGACCCACUCUUUGCAGCUGCAGGUCAAAGGUCCUCCAAUCAUCAUCAUCUCCCCAGAGGACACCACUCUCAACAUGUCCCAGGAUGGAGUUCUGCAGUGCCAGGCUGAUGCCUACCCUUCCAAUCUCACCUAUGAGUGGUUGAAACACGGACAGAACGUUUACCAUAUUGAGUCCCUUAAAUCCAGAGUGAAGAUUUUGGUGGAUGGAACUCUUCUCAUUCCUAAUCUCAUCCCAGAAGAUGCUGGCAACUACACCUGUACCCCAACUAAUGGGAUACUGACCCCACCCUCUGCUUCUGCACAUCUGAAAGUGAAACACCCUGCACGUGUUGGCCGAAUGUCCCGGGAAACAUACUUACCUGCGGGCAUGGAGGGGGUCAUUGUCUGUCCUGUCCAGGCUGAUCCACCUGUGCUGUAUGUCAACUGGACCAAAGAUGGAAACUAUUUAAAUCUUGACAACUUCCCAGGUUGGAUGGUAAACGCAGAGGGCUCCGUUUUCAUAGCAACAGCCAAUGAUAAUGCUGUUGGCAUGUAUGCCUGCACUGCCUAUAACAGUUAUGGCACCAUGGGCCAGUCUGAACCCACACAAGUCAUUCUAAAGGACCCCCCAUCGCUUCGACUGCCUCCUCAACCUGAGUAUGUCCAGGAGGUGGGCAGAGAGUUGAUCAUCCCUUGUGACGCCAAUGGAGACCCCACUCCAAACAUAACAUGGAGCAAGAUUGGCCCAACCCCUCGAUCUCCAUUCAGUGUGUUGGCCAAUGGCUCCCUCCUGCUGCAGCCCCUCAGUAAAGAUCACCAGGGGGGCUGGGAGUGCCUGGUCACUAACCGCGUAGCGACUGUCAGUGCAGGCACUGUGGUCAUGGUGCUGGGCACCAGCCCUCAUCUUGUAUUCUCUGUAUCUGUAACCACGGAGAUGAACCAGGCCAACGUAUCCUGGGUGCCUGGCUUUGAUGGAGGAUACACCCAAAAGUUCACAGUGUGGGUGAAGCAGGCAUCCAGGGGGAAACAUGAAUGGGCUUCUUUGCCUGUUCCCACAUCCAAAAAUUACCUUCUGGUAACCGGACUACUUGCUGGCACCAGCUAUCAGUUCAGUGUUCUACCUCAAAAUAAACUUGGCUCUGGACCUUUUAGCGAAAUUGUUUCUGUGCGAACACAAGCUGUGCCCACAGAACCUCCUACGGCUGUCAGCAUAAUCCUGGAUCCUCCCACGUUCCUGUCAGCCAACUGCACUGAACGAGGCGUCCUCCUCGAGUGGUCGCCUCCAGAGGCUCCAUCCUCUCCACUGACAGGCUAUGUGCUACAGGUCCGUAGGGAUCAGGGCCGCUGGGUCAUCCUCAGCAACAACAUCAGUGCCAAUCAGAGCGAACUACUUGUACAAGGACUGAUACGGGACUCUAGUUAUGAUUUGAGGCUGAUGUCUUGCAGCAACAAAUUACUCAGUGAACCCAGUGAGGCUGUCAAUGUAUCCACCAUAGGAAUGGAGAUUUACCCUCUGCGCCCCAGUUUCUUGGAGGUCAUCCCUGAGCCCCUGUUGGCUGGUGUGUUAGGAGGAGUGUGCUUCCUGUUUGUGGCCAUCAUCCUCUCCUUGGUGACAGCGUGCUUUAUGAGUCAGAGAAGACGGCAGCGUCACAGGAAGAGAAGAAAAGAUCUGCCAUCUUCCUUCCGGAAGAACUCAUCUCUAGAAGCUCGCUCGCCUCCUCGCAGCCCAGACAGUGUCCUGAAGCUGAAGCUGUGUCCACCAAUUCCCUUCUUCCCUACCUCGUCUUCACAGUCUGACCGUUCCUCCUUCGAUAAAGGCAGCCGUGGGGAAUAUCAUGACCAGCGGAAACAACUCCUCUCCACACCGUCUCCACCACCUCAUUACACACUUUUUGAGAGUCACUUGGGGUCUCAGGCUCCCUCACCAACUGCUUUGGAGUCUAUUUCCAGGGGGCCAGACGGACGCUUCAUUAUCCAACCACUGCUAGAGGGUUCCAGUCAUUUAAAUCAUAAAAACUUGAAGAAGGAUGUCCUGCAAAUGAAUGGUGGGGCAAGUGGCUCAGGGAGCAACCGGAUGUCAUUCAGGGACUCACCAAAGUCAAGCAUACUGAUCUCAGAGAAGGAGGAGAGGAAGGAUCCUCCUUUCACUGUGGACGUCUCAGAGCUCAACAGACCUCCUUCUUCACCUGGCAGAGUACGGGCCAUGGCCAGAAACUUCUCCCGUCAGGGUUGCUUUUAUUCGGACGAUGAACAAGGCUCAGAGGCUCUACUUGAAAGAGCCAGCUUCUAUUCAGACAGCAGCGAGAAAAAACCCAGCGAUUCUCUCAGGAGACAUCGCAUGCCUGGCCACGAAGAUCUGUUCUCUGGUUUGGGCAAUAGAACAAAGCUCCUGGAUAGAGAUCAAGAUAGACCUCACCAUUCAGGCUACCAGCCAAUGGAAAGUCAGCUGACUAAUAACAGCACCCUGGUCUCACAGCUAGACAGUGGGCUGGAGAGGGAUAACAUUAAUAAGUGUGUGCAACUGGCAAAGGAGAGAGAGAAAAUGGAGAGGGAGCUAGAGAGCUAUACAGCCGAUCAGAGAAGCAGUAGCCGGGGAAGAGAAGAGCGACAGACAACGGAGAGGGAUGCAGAGGAAGAGCCAGUAUGGAAGCCACAAGAUGUUAGUAUCAGACAGAAACACAGGCCCUCGGGCCAGACAAGUCGGGUAUCUGACUAUCGGAAGGCGUGUUACUUCGGGAACAGCAGCAGUCCCAUGGACCGGCUCCCUACAUCUCGCAUACAGUGGGACAUCAGUCCUGUAACCUCUGUUACCAACCUCGUUCCUGCACAGAGCCCCCGAGAGACCACGUCGCCCAUGUCACAGCAUCCUCGCACAUGUAGGGAAAUCGUUGAUUCCUCAUCCUCCCCGGUCACCCAGAACACCUCCCUCCCCAUGCUCUCUCCUGAUGUCGCCUCAAAAAACGUUUUGUGUUUAGAAACACCAACCGGAGCCCGGUCACUGAGUCCUCGGAGAGAGCUGGUUAUAUGCAGAAAGUCCAUGACUGAGCAGGGCUUACAAGAAAGGACGCAGGCGGGGGGUUUCUCCUCAGGGUUCAGGCAUUCAUAUGCUUAUGCAGGCAAUCAGCCCUGGGAUUCUGCUGCCAGAGGUCCCAUAGGCGACAGUGAGAGGCCGCAAAGUUCAGCUUCACCACAAUAUAAUCAGCCCGACAGAACUAGAGACUACACAGCCAAAAGGGAUUCCAGUCCCUCGAGUUAUUCUACAUUACCCUAUGAACACCAGGACGUAGGGGCAAAGGCCAAAGACAGAGAGACUCGUGGCCGGUUGAGCUCUGGGUUUUAUUCGGAGUUAGAAAGAGAGGGUGUCCGAACACGCUCCAGGAGGAGUGACAAAUGUCUUUUCUCUGAUAGUCCCAGCCCUCUUUCCACACUAAGCCUCGUAGAAGAGGUAGAGAGCGAUCAGUCCCAAAUUUCUGUGCCUAGAAUGUCAGAGUCCUUCAAUGUCAAACCUGCUGCCCCGUCGCCCAAAGUGCCCCCACUGCAGACAAGUGCAAUUCUCGAGUACCUGAGCCUCCCAGGUUUCAUCGAAAUGAGCGUGGAUGAGCCUGUGGAAGAAGCUGGAUCGACAGACACUGCUGGACAAAGUUCAGCAUUAAAAGCAGAAACAUCUCUGUUGACAAAGCCUGACGUAGUUCCUAAAAACUGGGAGGUUCAUGUUAAAGAAAUCCAAGAAAUGAGCUCAAACCAAAAGGUUUGCCUUGAACGAACUCAGUCUGGUGGGGGUGCAGAGCCCGGCAUUGAUGCUUGUAGAAAACAAGGCUAUAAACGCUCGCUCCAUGUUGAAACUAGAGAUUCUUCACACAGAGUGAGAUUUCCUGAUGAGAUGAGACCUUCAUCACAUGGUCCAGAGAAAACAAGCAAACAGCUCUAUGAUGAGAAAACACAAAUUCGGGCUGCGAAUAAAAGCACAGACAGACCUGAAUCCAGACCUGGAUCCAGGGCAGCUCACACCUUGCUCAGUGCGGCAAAAGGCAUGGCAGAUUUAGUGUCAAAACAUUCCUGGGGUUUUAUAGACAGUAGUGAGUCUUUACCAGAGCAAUCCCAAAGACAUGCUCCUCAGGGCAGCAGGACUAAUAACAUUGCGUCCCGGAUAAAUCAAGCCCCUGUGCCAUUUCUUAGGAAAUCUUUAAGUGUUGGCCCGUGUAGGACGCUCUCAGGCAUGGGACCGCCUCGUCCUUUCCUAAAGAAAUCCAUCAGUUUAGGCUCACAGAGGUGGGAGCAUUUUGAGAGCCCAAGGACAUAUAUUUCCGAGAGGUGUUACUGGGACGAGUUCCCAAACCCAGAGGUGAGGGUGAAGUCCCACAGUUUGGGCCGCAGUCCAUCUUACCUUCCCAGGCCUGGCCCCUCAUGGAGGGAGUAUGUCCCGCUCAGACGGCCCAGCAUAGGGAGCUUAGAGAGGCCUCAUCACACACAAAGACCAUUAGCUAGUCCCUCCUACCUCACUCCUGCUAUGUACCCACCUAGAAACACCUCAAUCUCCCCAAUGCUGGAACCCUCCGAUCCAAGACGGCAAGCCACUGUUUUCCUCGAGUCCUCCAGGUGGUCUCCUUCUUACCAAGAGACUCUGAGGUCUUCCCAGCCUAAAUAUGUCCCCAUGCCGUCCUCCAUUCCUGUGCCCCAGUACCAACACUGGCCAGGCUCCAGAGGGGAAAGCAUGAGACCUAUGGACCCCAGGAGGGGCCCUCCAAGGUCCUACCUGCCCAGAGGCAUCAGCUGGCCCUCCCCUUAUUAUGCCCCCCUCCCGCCCAGGGAGGGAGAGAGUUACAGACAGCCAGAUAGGAUGAUGGCUAGGGGAGGGGAGGCUGAGAUCAGGGAGGGCGGGAGGGCCAGUUAUGCCAGUCAGAGCAGUGGCAGAGGCAGCGCUGGUCUCUUCCAACAUUCCCUGUCCAUCACUCCCACACUGCUCAGCUCCCCCGAGACGACGGAGGAGGGUGAGCGGCACAGAGCUGAGAUGGAUCUGCCACAGAGGAGAGCGAAAAGAAGGAACACAUCAGUAGAUGAAAGUUAUGAAUGGGACUCUGCUGAUGCCUGCGUGGACUCGGAGGUCCUGGACGCCAUGAGGUUUGAUCAGUCACAAAUGAGCUCACGGAGAGGAAAGGGCGAGCUCAGAUAUGAUCAAGCAGGCGGCGUCCAGGACCAGCAACAGAAAGGCCCACCUCCCUCACUCAGCCCGCCAGUUUCCAACCCACCUCGCUGCCGGCUCAGCCGCUCCCUAAGCGAGGCGCGCUUCAACGCUCUCCGCCAGGAGUACCAAGAGUACAGGCGGGCUCAGGAAUCCGUCUGUUCCCGUGAGCCCUGUCUCACCACUGGCUACGAUUCAGACUCUGACUCCAACUCCGCACUGCUCUAGCAGUUUGACCUGAUACAUCUAACUCAGAUCGUAAAUAGCAGUUUAAUGAACAGACGACAGCACUGAGGCCCUGGAUAUUCACACCUCGCUGGAGCUUUCUCAUGUGAAAGAACAUUCGUUGUCUAUAGUUGUUGUUCACUGUUAUGUCAGACAUUAUAUAUUCUGUAUUGCAUCAAAUGUGAUGGACUGCAGCGCCUCAGUUUAUAUCCAAUGACAUGUUUGUUCCACAAAAUGAAGCCAGGAAGGGAUUAUUUAUUUUUCUGAGAAGCAUGUUUGUUUGGGGGAGUUUGCUUUUAUACCAUGACAAUCAGGCACACAGCGCCCCCCUGAGGAAUGAAAUGUUCACACUUUACGAAGACAGUUUUCCUGUUGAGAGUUGAGGAAGCCCUGCUUUAUAAAAGCAGCAGCGUGCUUCAUAGUGAGGGCUGAAUUUCAUCUUAAUGUCAGUCGCAUCAAAGACCUCCCUUUAAUAAUAAAAUGAUGCUAAUGACAAUUACGUAGGUUCGUGUUGAUGAUCUGUUUGAGGUAGAAAAUGUUGCCUGUGCUCACAGCAUUCUCACCACCAUCCUCCUCUGUGUAUGACAAGUACUUAACUAAUAGUACUUAAAGAUCACAUUAUUAGGUAACUGAUAAGUGUACUACAAAUGCUUUUAUCAGUGCAUGCUCCCUUUAAUACCCCCAAACAUUUAUUUUCUAUAUUUAAAAGAAGAGCUUGUUUAUUUGACAUGACCUGUUGGUUCCCUGAAAUCGUUCAUACUUACUUGAUACCUGACUUACUACAGUAAUGUUCAACUGUCAAGACCUAAUUCACCAAAUCACCUAACAUAGCCCAAAUUUGUUCAUAAUGUACAAAUGUUUAUAUGUACCUUAAUGUGAAUGCUCCCUGCUGUUCCUCUUCUUCAUUUCAUCAGAUGAAAACAUGUAACUUUACUCCACUUGAUUCUGUCAAACUUUUACCCUGCGGUCAAAUAGGAAAAAAACACAGGGGGAAAAGAUUUUUGCCUUAUUUUUAUUAACGUCGUACGUACACUGGAUGAUUGACCCUGAAAGGGUUGAGCUGACGAGCUUGUCAGACAAAACUGAUUAGAGGAUUUAAAAUGUUUGAAAUGAAUUUUUGCUCACGUGAUAAGUAUUUCUGUGUAUUUACUGAGGUGAGUUACGAUAUGCAAAAAUGUUUACAAUUCACAUCAGUGAUGUGACGGCAGCACUGUGAAUAUUUCGACUUCUGAUUCUGUAUUUGAAUUACAAGUCUGUUAUAAAAUUUGUGCCCAUUAACCAUUUGUUUUUCUACUGCAAAAAGACAAAAGCUGUUUUUAUAUGUCGCCUGACGCACAGAGGUGUAAAGAAUAUCUUUGUUGCUGUAUUUAGGAAAGAUUCAACGUUUGUUUCAGAUUAAUUUAUAACCCAGAUGAGAAUAUUCCUGUGGAGUGAGUAUGCAUUUCUGAUGACGUUUUAUACAAACUGCAAAUUUUUAUAUCUUGCCACCUGGUUGUUUGUCAUUUUGAUAAGUUUGUAAUGAAUAAAUUGCUUUAUUCUUAAUGUAA